GGAAGUCCUGUUGACUUAGACAUGUUGACAAGAAGUGCCUAUGCUUUCCACAAGUGAAGAAAGGAGGAGACCCCAGAGGAAGAAAGAGGAACCACUUCAAAAACCUGACACAAUUAGAGGACGUGACAUGUUGACGAAGCAAGGAAGAGGUAUGAAAUGUGUUGGCUUGGUGCUCCUUCAGUAAUGCAUGCUCCUGCAGUUCCAUCUUCUCCGCAAUGGAAACAAUAGCUGGAAAGGAACUCUGGUUGUCUUUGAAAUGGCCAUAAGGAUUUUACUGGAGUGAUUGGAGGCAAGUAGGGUAUAGAAACAAGCUGCUCAUUUCAGCUGAAGAUGACAGGCCAGGUGGCCGACAGGGACCUGUCCCCCCAUCGUCUCUCAGUGAAGACCACUGUGGAGGAGGAGCCAGAGAGGGAGAGAGCUGAGAGUACUCUCAGCAGAGUGCCAUCAGAAUGUGAUCAUGAUAAUGAUGACACAUCCUCAGAGCUGGCACGGGUGGCCGCUCUCGAUGGUGGACACAACUCAAGGAACUCUUUUCAAGGACGGGGAGCUCUGUCUAGAUUAGUGAAUUUGGUAGUGAUUCUGAGGGAGUGGGCACACAGGAGCCUUGUAGAGGAGGAGGAGCGGCCAGACUCUUUCUUGGAACGCUUCCGUGGCCCUGAGCUAAGGACUGCCCCUAGUCGCAUCAGCAAUACGCAGCCUGAUGCCAAUGGCAACAAUACCAAAGGGAUAUUUAGGAAAAAAUGGGGUGUGUUCGUUGUGUCCCCAUCAGACGACAUGUACUACCGUUGGCUGUUUGUUAUUGCUAUAGCUGUGCUCUACAACUGGAUCCUCAUUGUGGCUAGGGCAUGCUUUGACAAACUGCAGACAAGCAAUUACAUCUGCUGGUUGGUGCUGGACUACCUUUCAGACGCUUUGUACAUCCUGGACACAUGUGUCCGACUCCGCACAGGGUUUCUGGAGCAGGGUCUGCUGGUGAAGGACCUCUCCAAGCUGAGAGACAGCUAUGUCCGCACAUUUCAGUUCAAGCUGGAUGUCGUGUCCAUCCUACCCACUGAUCUGGCCUACAUAUCCACAGGAAUCCACACCCCAGAGCUCAGAUUCAAUCGCCUGCUGCGCUUCCCACGCAUGUUUGAGUUCUUUGACCGCACUGAGACACGCACGAACUACCCCAACAUCUUCCGCAUCUGCAACUUGGUGCUCUACAUCCUGGUCAUCAUCCACUGGAACGCCUGCAUCUACUUUGCUAUUUCCAAAUCUCUAGGGUUUGGCUCUGAUACCUGGGUGUACCCCAACAUCUCCAACCCCGAGUAUGGCUCCCUAACCCGGGGCUAUGUCUACUGCCUGUACUGGUCCACCCUCACCCUCACCACUAUUGGAGAGAUGCCUGCACCUGUACGGGAUGAGGAGUAUCUUUUUGUGGUCUUUGACUUCCUCGUUGGGGUGCUGAUCUUUGCCACGAUUGUGGGUAAUGUUGGCUCCAUGAUUUCCAACAUGAAUGCCACACGUGCAGAGUUUCAGGCCCGUAUUGAUGCCAUCAAACACUACAUGCACUUCCGCCGGGUCAGCAAGGAGCUGGAAGCACGCGUCAUUAAGUGGUUUGACUACCUCUGGACUAAUAAGAAAGCAGUGGAUGAGCAGGAGGUAUUGAAGAACUUGCCUAACAAAUUGCGGGCUGAGAUCGCCAUCAAUGUGCACCUGGAGACCCUGAAGAAAGUGCGUAUCUUUCAGGACUGUGAGGCUGGACUGUUGGUGGAGCUGGUCCUGAAACUCCGGCCACAGGUCUAUAGCCCAGGGGACUACAUCUGCCGCAAAGGAGACAUAGGGAAGGAGAUGUACAUCAUCAAAGAGGGGAAGCUGGCAGUGGUGGCAAAUGACGGGGUCACACAGUACGCCCUCCUCACCGCCGGCAGCUGCUUUGGGGAGAUAAGUAUCCUCAACAUCCAGGGCAGCAAAAUGGGAAACCGCAGGACGGCCAAUAUCCGCAGCAUCGGCUAUUCUGACCUCUUCUGCCUCUCUAAGGAUGACCUGAUGGAAGCAGUGACCGAGUACCCUGAUGCUAAGAAGGUGCUGGAGGAGAGGGGGAAGGAGAUCCUUAUGAAGGAGGGCCUCCUGGAUGAGAAUGCAGAGGCUGGCAGACUGGGUGGAGAGGACACUGAGGAGAAGGUGGAGAGGCUGGAGUCCUCUCUGGACACCCUGCAGACGCGCUUCGCCCGCCUGCUCAGCGAGUACACGGCCACACAGCAGCGGCUGAAGCGGCGCAUCACCAACCUGGAGCGCCAGCUGUGCCACACGGGCUGUGGAAUCCUCUCAGACGCAGACCUCUCUGACGAAAACUCAGCUUCUGAGGCUGAGGCAGACACUCUGGCCGUUGCCAAUACCGUUGAGCAGGGUGACCAUGGAAAUGAUGAGCCGACUGAAUCCACUGUUCAAACUUGAAAGCUGCCUGAGACCAUGGAUCUAGGCCUAGCACUUUUUAAGCACUUUCAAAUUCACAAGGGUAUGCACAAAUGUACAAUACAUUUCCUUCCUAAUAAGAAAAUAAUUUUCAUAUGAACUUUAUGACGGUUGCAUUAAGAGUACAGUGCCUUCAGAAUCUAUUCACACCCCUUGACCUGUUCCAUAUUUUGUUUUGUUACAGCCUGAAUAUUACAUUUAGAUUUCGUGUCACUGGCCUACACACAAUACCCCAUAAUGACAAACUGGAAUAGUUAUUUUUGCAAUUUUGCAAAUCAAUUAAAAAUGAAAAGCUGAAAUGUCUUGAGUCAGUAAGUAUUCAACCCCUUUGUUAUGGCAAGCCUAAAAAGGUUCAGGAGUAAACAUGUGCAUGGACUCACUAUGUGUGUAAUAAUAGUGAUUAACAUGAUUUUUUAAUGACUACCUCAUCUCUGUACCCCACACAUACAAUCUGUAAAGUCUGUCAGUCAAGCAGUGAUUUUUCAAACACAGACAUUGCAUAUUGCUUUGAGUAUGGUGAAGUUAUUAAUUACGCUUUGGAUGGUGUAUCAAUACACCCAGUCACUACAAAGAUACAGGCGUCCUUCCUAACUCAUUUGACGUAGAGGAAGGAAGCCAC